ACAUAGGUUUUUAUACAGGAAGAAGCUUUAAUGCUGGGUGUAGUAAUAUGGCCGCCCCCUAUAGCGUCUGAUGAUGGUGUGUACUCAGUGCUGACUCCUCUACGUGGAUGAAGUGAAUGUUGGGUAGCCGUUGGAUCAGACAUCUCCUGCCAUCCCCUUCGUCUCAUCUUCGGUCUCCGGUGCGACAUUUGAUGGACCUCCGUUCUGUGGUCUCCCACCUCAAAGCCUUGGCCCCCCUGGCCCUGGCCGAGAGCUGGGAUAAUGUGGGCCUGUUGGUGGAGCCCAGCCCCCCGCAUCAGGUACAGAAACUCCUGCUGACCAAUGACCUGACAGAGGAGGUCCUGGAGGAAGCGGUGGGGAUGGGAGCCAACAUGGUCCUGUCCUAUCACCCUCCCAUCUUCAAGGCUCUGAAGCGGCUGACGUCCGGACACUGGAAGGAGCGCCUGGUGGUGAAAGCCUUGGAGAACCGCCUGGCCGUAUAUUCCCCACACACCGCCUGCGAUGCGUUGAGCAACGGUGUAAAUGACUGGCUGGGCAGGGCGCUGGGCCCCUGUGUGUCGGUGCCAAUCCGGGCCUGCACCUCCCUCUCUCACCCUGGCGGAUAUGAGCACAUCUUGACGUUUGACUGCGACGCCCCAGCGACCGUCCUGCCCAGACUGCAAUCCCUGCGGGACGCCCGUGUGCGCACCUACCCCCUCAUGAACAAAGACCGCUUCCACCUAAGCUGCUCCCGCGAUGCUUUGCUGCAGGCCCUGGCCAUUCUGUCAGAGAAGCCGGGUCUACGUGACAGCAUGGAGAUCGUCGCACUGCAGAAGCCCCCCCUACUGGACACAGGCAUGGGCCGUCUCUGCACUCUGUCUGAGCCGGUGUCCAUUUCUGCAGCCGUGGAACGCGUCAAACGUCACUUGGGAUUGGCUCACCUCCGCCUGGCACUGGGAAGCGGGAAGACUCUAGAAUCCUCGGUUAAUGUGAUGGCCGUGUGCGCCGGCUCAGGAAGCAGCAUCCUCAGCGGAGUCCCUGCUGAUCUCUACCUGACAGGUGAAAUGUCCCAUCACGAAGUUCUGGACGCGGUGGCGGAGGGUCACAGCGUCAUCCUGUGCGAACACAGCAAUUCAGAGCGGGGGUAUCUGCAGGAGCUGCGGGGGCAGAUUGCGGAGAGACUGGAGGGCAAGGUGGAGGUGGUGGUGUCCAAAAAAGACCACGACCCCCUGCUGGUGGUGUGAGGAACAACAAAAAGACUGCAGGUUGUGUAAGGAACAGUGGAAAGCCCAAGACCCCCUGCAGGUGAUAUGAGGAACAGCAAAAAGACCGCGACCCUCUGCUGGUUGUGUGAGGAACAUCAGACGGUUAUAUAUCAUGACAAUAAACUGGCAGAAUUUUGAGCA